CUGAAUUGUGCUAGUAUGAGGAUCUGAAAAUGAAACUGAUUAGUUGUUUGUAUUUCCAAGUUGAGAAAACUGUAAGAUGUGAAGAAUAACACAAAUAGUCAAAAGUAAAUUAUUAUUUUACAAACAUUCCGUCUCAAGAUGUCAUUUGUAAUGUAGAUUAAUAAUUUUUUGAAUAAUACUUUUAACUUUAUUUCAGAGAGAACUAACUUUCACUCGUGAAUUCUUAGCUAUUUUUGGUUUGUCUGAGAACCCUUCUGGUUAUAGAAAUUUAAAGAGAACAACCACACUAAACACAAUUUCUGAAAAAGUUGUAUUUUGAUUCUGGGAGAAUGGAGAAGAUAAAAAUUGUAUUUUAACAAAGUAAGAUUCAGCUUGCUUCCCCCCCCCCACCCCAUUUCCUAUGCAAGUUGAUUACCAAGAUAAUUAUGUAUAAAUAGGUGUCCCUGCUACUCAGCUGGUGCUUCCUGCUUGAGUCAUUCAGUAAUGUCAUAGUUUAGUGUUUACUGUGAGGAAAUUGAUAGGGAUUUCAUAGGCCCUGGUCUACGACAUUACAGGCAGAAGAAAGGACUAAGGCAGACACCCACUGUUAUAUUGACUUAUAUUAUGUAAACUAUUGUCAUGUUUACUGAAUACUGUAGCCUCUCUCAUCCCAAGAAAUCUCAAAGCACUUUAUCAUCAUAAUGAACUAAUUCAGACUACUGUGUACAUAAGAUUGUGUAUACCUCCAAUGCAACCACCUCUAGGCGAAAUGCAGAAACUGUCAUUCAACAAAUUUAUUUGCUACUCUGAAACCUGUCAUACAACAGUUAAGGAACAGUGAAGGGUCCCAUAUGUAACUGAAGACACAGGGGAAAUUUUAUAGAGAUAGCAUGCAAUCUGUUUCUCUGAGCAUUAUGAAUCUGCCCCUCACUAUAGUUCUUAAGCACUGUUACACACUUUUGCCCAGAUUUUGACAAUCUUCAUCAGGAGGUAUAAAAAUAUAGGGAAAAAAUGAAUAAUGUAUCAGAUUCUGGUAAAUCCUCUUUUUUUAUAAUUCUCACAAAAAAGACUCUACCUUUUCCCACCUGUGUACCUGGAACUUUAUCUUUGGUUUCAUGUGCUGUGCAACUUAAUUCUCCUUCAUCCAUCUGCCUGCCCCCAUCCAAAAAAACCAAAACCAAACCCCAUUUCUUCUGACUUCCCUAUCAUCACUCACUUCUUCACCUUUCCUUCCUUACGUUCACAGUCCUCAUCCUUCCCUUACAGCCCUUCUGUCUGUCUGUCAUGUUGCUGUAUUAUGUGUGAUUUUGGUUUGCUGCAGGAGAGAGAGUCUUUUUUUUAUUUUUUUAUUUUAUUUUUUUUGAGGUAGUCACACUAAAGUAGUGCUUUACAAAUAAUAAGUAACAAUAGAGUUCGUAUAUUAGGGGAUCUUUAAAUUCUGGACCUGAUUAAUUUGUCAGAGAGGCAGGUGCCUAUCUCAUAAAAAGAGUGAACAUAAUACUCCUCGCUUCUGUUGUGCCAUUUUUCUGAAUAUCUCAAAGCACUUUCCCACACAUUAAUUAAGGAAACCUCACAACAUCUUUAUGAAGCAAGUGAAUGUUAUAAAAACCACUUUACAAAGGGAGAAACUGAGACAUCUGGAAUUAAAGAAACCGGUCCUGGUGAGGUGCUGAGUAUGCUCAAGUCUCAUUAAAGUCAGUAGGAACUGAGUGUGCGCAACAUCUCACAAGAGCUACUUAGUACCUUAUUAUUCAGUCCAAAGUGAUUUUCGCACGGUCACACAGUCACGAGGUCACGGUCACUGUCAGGUUUGUCAGUAGCAGAGUCAGAAAUAGAAUCCUGGUUUGCUCUCUCCAGUAUUCCCUGUUGUAAAUGCUACUCUCUUCUUGUGUGCAUGUAAAGAGUGUAGUUGUUUUUACUAAAUGCACACUUGUGGUCAGAGCUCAGACUGUUUAUCCAAGUUGCAUUUCAUUUGAAAUAGAAAAUCAGUGUUAGCUGUAGAAAUCAAUUGCCAUGAGUCAAUAUCCAUAUAUAGUACCCAAAUCAGGUCCCAUAGGAAUUCAAUGGCCAAAUGACAUCAGCAGCACAGGAUCAUGGCACAGAACUAAAAAUUUAUCCAUAAUGUAUAUCACUAAUUUUCUUUUGAGAUAAAGUGUGAAAGUUUCCCUUGGCCUAUAAGAGGGUAAAGUUUUCAUUUACAUUAUACAUUUGCAUUCCAUCUGUAAGGCAAGAAUCCAGAUAAUAGGCAUCUGGUGAAAUAAUUUACUGUGAAAAUGAACAUAGUAAUAUAAGCCAGACGUAGCUUGUCCCUAAAAUCUGUGAAAUAUUUCAUUUCUCUUCAGUUUGUGCAAAGUUUUUUAGGGAGUGCUGAUACAGAGCACAUUUUCUGUGGUUAAUUUGAUGUACAUGGAAUAAACUGCAGAUUUAUUGAUAAAUGAUGUAAUAAAGCUGUAGCAAUGUGUUCAGUGUUCAUUUUUUCCAGAUCACUUGAGUUCUAAUUUUUUUUAUUCUUUUUCAUUCCAGAUUAUCAUCAUGAGGUAUACAAGAUCUCUGACUACAGCAAUGAUGUUAAUGGGGAGACCAAAGAAACACAGUCGGUUUUUUUAGGAGAUGAAAGCCGGGAAAUUAAAAAACAAAUUACAGGGAUGAGAAGAUUACUGAAUGACAGCACUGGAAGAAUCUAUCAGCGAGUUGGCAAAGAAGGAGAAAAACUGAAGGAAGAACCCCAGGAUUUAGAUAUAGCAUGGGCCCAGCGCCUGACUGCCCUGGCAGACUCCCAGGGGAGCCUCCAUCCUUCUCAGAAUGGUGCAUGGAAUGAAGUGUCACCUCAAACUAGCCAUUUUUCAGGGCAAUAUGGGACUCGGUCUAAAAGCUUCCAAAAUGAAACAAGAACUGUAGGAUCCAAUGGAGAACUUCCAGGGGUCAGUUCAUCAGUGGGACCAAACUGUUGUACCUGUAAUUGCCAGUCAACUUUGCAGGCCAUUCUCCAAGAGCUGAAGACCAUGAGAAAGUUAAUGCAGAUUCAAGCAGCUGCUUUCCCUUCAGUUGGCACCCAAAACAGACAGCAGCCUCCAAUUCCCCUGAUCUGUGCACAGAAGUCAACAAUAUCAAGAAAGAGAAAUAAAAAGAAAAAAUUGCCCCAAAAGACUCUUGAGCCCAUUACUGUGAAUAAGAAGCCCAGUACUGUAGAAAAGGAAAAGAAGCUGUCAGCAAACUCUGAAAGAUCCAGCCUGCAAGCAGCUGAACAUACUCUAAAGCCGGAGACCCAUGUUUCAGGAUUUGGUAUCAUUCUUGAAUCAUCUUCCUCAGAUCCAGAAGUGCAACUUGCUGAAGGCUUUGAUGUCUUUAUGCCCAAAUCUCAGCUGGACUCUAUAUUGUCAAACUAUACUCGCUCAGGAAGCCUGCUGUUUAGAAAGCUGGUGUGUGCAUUUUUUGAUGACAAGACCUUGGCUAACUCUUUACCCAAUGGCAAGAGGAAAAGAGGACUCAAUGACAACCGAAAAGGACUAGACCAAAAUAUUGUGGGUGCAAUAAAAGUCUUCACAGAAAAAUAUUGCACUGCUAACCACGUGGAUAAACUUCCUGGCCCCAGAGACUGGGUACAGAUUCUACAGGAUCAAAUUAAACUGGCGAGAAGACGGUUAAAAAGAGGCUCAGCAGAGACGACUGACUGCGAUGAGAAACUGGACAUUUCUCUACUGCAAACAGGUAGCAUUCUUGAGAUCACAACAGAUAAGCUGGUCGACUCAAAACCAGAUUUUUCUGCUUAAAUUUUACUUUCUGCCUCAAUGUUUCAUUAGCAGAUGUAAACAUCCUUCAGUUUGAAUGGCAUUCCUGCAAGAUCCGUGUAGGCAUUUCAGCAUACUUCAAGGUGCGGGAUGUUCCGUGCAGUUUUCCCUUCAAGUUUGCGUUUUCACCUAUUUUUAAUGAAACAUGGGAUAAUAAAGCCACCAAAUUUGUUUCAAGA